CUACCAGUUCCUCUGAAGAGCUUUGAGGUGGAGCUGGAGGUGAGGGACCAUGUGGCUACAGUGGUCUCCACUCUGAACUACGAGAACAAGGAGGACAAACCAUUAGAGGCUGUUUUUGUCUUCCCUCUGCCUGGAGAUGCUGCUGUCUGUCAUUUCAGUGCUCAGAUUGGACAGACACAGAUUGUAGUUGAGCUGAAGGAGAAACAGAAGGCUCGUCAGGAGUAUGAUGAUGCUCUGAGUUCCGGUCAGCAGGCCUUCCUAUUGGUGGAGAGUGAUGAGAGUCCAGAUAUAUUCUCUCUGCGUGUGGGCAGUCUGCCUUCAGGAGAGAGCGCCUCCAUCAGGUUGGAGUACGUCACUGAGCUGGCUGUGCAGGCUGAUGAUGGUCUGAGGUUCUGUCUGCCUGCUGUGCUCAACCCUCCAUACCAACCUCAGGGUAGUGAAGGUGCAGGUGUCCAGGUGACUUCUGUUCCAGCCUCUCUGGUGCCCUACAGUCUGUCUUUUUCUGCCCGAGUGUCCUCUCCUCGUCCAGUCUCUAAAGUAGAGUCCAACUGUUCCCUGGACCCUCUGCAGUACCUCAACACUGAUCAAACCCAGGCCACGGUCAAGCUGGCUGCAGGACACAAGUUUGACAGAGAUGUUGAACUGCUGAUUUAUUACAAAGACGCCCACCAGCCCACUGCUGUGGUGGAGACCAUGGCGGAGGCUCUGAAGAAAGUAGAGAAGAUGAAGGCUGAUCUUGGAGGAACAAAGAUCCUGGAGCUGCUCAAACAUAUUUACUGCCAGCCCUGCAUUCCCAAUCAGCCUAGACGGGUGUUUCUCUUUUGGGAUUGGGGAAGGGGCCAGCUCUGCUCUCAUCAACGGGAUGGCCAAGGAAGGAGGAGGUCACGCUCAGUUCAUCACAGGGACCAACAGGAUGCAACCAAAAGUGAUGCAGUCGCUGCGAUUUGCUCUGCUGCUGACUGUGAUCGACACCUCAGUCACAUGGGAUUUACCAAAGGAAGUGUCUGUCACUGUCUCUCCACCAAUAACAACACUUUUCCAGGGUCAGAGAGCUCAGAGGCAGCAGAGGGCUGUGUGAUGCUGAAGUACAGCCUGGCAGGUCAUCGCUCUGAGAACCAGCUGCACUUCAGUCUCAGACCUGCAGAGGACUCUGGCUGGUAGAUCGGUCUUGGCAGGGAGAGAUGAAAGAUGGAUACUGGCUGGGGCAG